AUGGCACUAAACGACACGACCGACCUCGACCUGACAAACGAGGCAACCAGCUCCCCAUAUGUCAGGUCCUUUCUUGUCGCAGCGAUUCGUUGUUUCAAAGAAGAUAUCGUUCUCAGACCUCAAAAGAAACUUCGCGGAAGACAUGGCCAUGGGCCUGUAGACUUCGCUCUUGAGUCUCAUCACGCAGGUGCAACAGUAUGUGUUACUGAGGUCACAAAAGACGAUCUCAAACAAGGGAUUGCUCAGAAUGUGGUCCAGCUUGAAGCAUGCUUGAAUGAAGUGGACGAAGACACUGUUGGUCUUGAAGAAGCAUAUGGGGAUCAUUACGGAUGCUGA